GCAUUUCUUUCGACAUAUUUUUAUACAUUUGUAAUUUUGCGACCAAACAAUAACAUAGUUUGACAGUUUGAUCAUUAAUAUAUUUAGCGAUUGCGACCAAACAAUAACAUAGUUUGACAGUUUGAUUAUUAAUAUAUUUAGUGUUUGCUGAUUGACUAAUUGGACCCGGACAAAAAAGUGGGCGGUUAUCAAAUUACACUGCCAAACCCAGCAGGCGGUAUUUUAGACCGCCUGCCAUGCAGGCUAGCUUUAUACUUGACUCACGAUUCUUGAGACACUGAUCAUAAUUUACCACUUUAUACUGGUUUGGACAGUGGUGUCUGCGCCUACAAAUAUUCGAUUUUCUGUACGAUUUGAAUUAAACCAUGAAAAUACCGUCAUUAGUCAAUGUACAGUGGCUUGCUCAAGCUAUUUUGAAGACAAAACCUCAGAAAUCGUUGAGUAUUGUUGACGGAACGUGGCGCAUCAAGGGUGCCGCUGUGGAAUCCAGAAAGGACUAUAUCGAGAAACAUAUUCCUGGCGCUGUAUUCUUUGACAUUGACGAAUGCUCUGAUAAGACAAGCAAAUAUCAGCAAAUGCUUCCUGAUGAAAAACUAUUUGCUGAAUAUGUGAAGCACUUAGGUAUGUAUUAAAACUAUGAGUAUGUUCAUGACCCUAAUAGCAAGGGGCAUUGAAUAUUAGGGUGUACAUUUGCAGCACCACCCGGUCUACUAUCUAGAGUGCCAAUAAUUGCAUGAAUCUUGGAACUUUUGGCAAACACUGGUCAUCUGCUGACUUUUAGGAUUUUCCAUAUUUUACAACCGUUUGCGCAUGUCAAGCCGGAUUUUCACUAGGCUAAUCACUCUUGUGAUUUUUGGGGUGGAACUAAUUAGAAAAGACAAAGAAAAAUUAAGCUCUGCAUGCAAAAUUCUGCCUGGUGGAAACUGGCUUAAAGUGAACAUUUAUAACAAUGAUACAAUCUUGGCCACCAAUAAUUUUUAUAAUUAUUGUGGUCCUAUAGGUAUUUCAAAUGACAGUCAUAUUAUUACUUAUGAUUUUGACGACGAUUUUGGACUGUUUUCAAGCCCAAGAGUUUGGUGGAUGUUUCGAUGUUUUGGCCACGAAGCAAUCUCGGUUUUAAAUGGAGGUUUUCGCAAGUGGUUGGAUGCAGGUUUGCCUGUAGAAUCCGGUGAACCACCUAUAAGAUGUAAGUAUAUUUGUCAGUACAAUAUCUUUUGGCAACGAAUAUUAAGAUUAAGGAAGCAAUAUGCCACUCCCCAUCAAAAAUCAUAUAGGCAUAUCAUAUUUUAAAACUAGGGUACCUGCAAGGUAGGGAUUGCUGCGGGCAUUAAAAGCAAAUAGAACUACAGUAAACAGCACAAAUUAUAUCAAGCACAGUUAUUACUCGCAGCGACUAGUGAGCUGUUAAUGGGACUGAGAAGAAGCAAUACAUAUUGAAGUAGCAAAGACCAGGGAUUAAAGGGCAGUCAGAGGUGACAGAUGUUAAACAUGUGUGUCUCAUUGACAUAUAGGUAAAUUAAGAUCAGAUUUCAUAUCAAGUCUGUUCACUGCUAGGCACAUUUACCAUGCACAUUAUAUAGACUAUAUACACAGAUUUAUCACACUAAGAUUAGUAAGAAACCAAAAAUUUAUAAAAAUAUAGAAUGAAACAUCACUUGAUGCAAAAUAUGGAAAUCAGCAAGAGAAAGCAAACACGAAUGGAUAGAAAAACCUUUUAAAGACAUCUCUAUGUAAGACUCUAUACAGCACUAACAGCUCAAGCAACAGUGGCGGCACCAGGCCUCAGAAUUUGGGGGGGGGGGCAUUUGAGGGGCAAACUCAUUUUGGGGGGGGCAAGAUAGAACUUUUAAAAAGGUACUGCUAUUUGCCCAUGCCGUUGUCACAGGACUUUUGUCCCCCCACCCAGGAGAUUCGCCCCCCCCUAUAUUCCUAGGAAUACCGCCCCCGGGGGACGAAUAUCCUAGGAAUAUCGCCCCCCCAGAGGGGUGAAUGCCCCAGGAAUAUCGCGCCCCCCCCCCUUUAGGAUAUUCGCCCCCCAUAUAUGCGAUGUAGUUUAUUCAAAUAAUUUUGUGAUACUUUCAUCUUAUUGGUGUCUUAAGGCCCAUACAGACCGGACGCUAUUUGGCAACGCGACGCGAAUUUUCAGUUUUCACUCAUUCAUUGUUUUUCAAAUAUUCGGGACCACUUAGCAAUUUUAGCUAUUUGGUCUGCAUACCUUGUAAAAUUUUUAUCCAUUGACGGUUUUAUUUGUUUUUGAAAACUGAAAAUUCGCGUCACGUUGCCGAAUCGUGUCCCGUCUGUGUGGGCCUUUACAGGUUUGAGAAUUUAACUUUGCAAAACUAAAGCUUUUUGUAUCUGCGAAGCAGAUAUAUUGCUAUCGCAAACGUGACCGUCAGUGUUACCGUAUGUUAACACAUAGCCAUUCAGCGACGAGCUUAUAUAUUUUAAGCUAUUUUAUGCUAUUUUAUGCCAAUCAGCGAUUCGUUUACAUCAAUUGUUUACAUCGUGCCCGCAUCUAACCUGCAAACGGGCAUACUUUAGCCACAGAAUAGGAAGUUAUACCAGAAGCGUAACUCGAGCAAAUAUUUGUCCGCGUUUUUACAAGCGAUUCGUCAUCAAUCACGCCAUCCUGGCUAGUACAACCGGCACUUUGUACCUACCAAAUCCUGAUAAAAACUUCCGGCUGUACUAGCCAGGAUGGCGUGGCCUGACGUGAGCAAGUUAAAAAUUUUCGUGGACGUCAAACAAUAAGGGAAACGACUAGAGUUACGCUUCUGGUAUAACUUCCUAUCUGUGCUUUCGCCUCGUGUAUAAAUCGUGUUAUUCUUUCAAAAAUAUCUUGAUAUUUUUAUCAAUUUAUCUUGAAUUGAAGUUAUUUAUCAACAUGGAAUCUUAUCCUCAUCUGGUAAGUAGUCAAAUACCACAUAUUAUAUAUUUAAAUACCAAAUUGGUGCAAAUACAGUAUAUGUCCCACAUAUUUAUAAAUAAUACAUGAGUUGCCAGUUCGGCAAAUAUUUACUACGGUAUACUAUCUAUAGGGCCAAAAAAAAAAAUAUGUGGGUUUCCGGUUUCUUCUUAUAAAAACGUAGGUAGGGUAGGUCGGUUUUAACUUUUUUUUUUUAAAUUUUUUUUUAAUUUUCCGAACAAGCGGACGCCAUUUUGUUUAGUCAGUGCUUCCACAUCCAAAGAUAAAUUUCCCUAAUAUUGCCUCAAAUUUCAAUUUUCCACAAACUUUUUUCUCUAAGUGGAAACACUUACAACCAUGAUCCAAUAAAAAAGUUUAGGGUCGGGAUUUCGACGUCCAAAAGCUAGGUAGGGUCGGGAAACCGGAAACCCACAUAUUUUUUUUUUUGGCCUAGUUAAUAUUGCCACAGAAUAAAGAAUUGUAUUGCCGUAUCUUUGGCGUAGAGUUUACAUGGAAUGCACUCUGGAAUUUUUUUAUUAAUAUAUUACACUGUAUAAAAUAUUGGAUAUUUUCGAGGAUAUUUUAAGCCAUUUGAAAUAGAUUUGUCAACAUAGUUCACAAAAAGAUUUAUACAGUAUUAAAAACAAUCCUUCUGUGACUUCUGUAAUAUUUUAAACAGUGAAAACAUAGCAGGCAAUAUUGCCAAUUAACAAUAUCAAAGGAACCUAUUGAACAGUUCUCAGGAGAUAUUGAAUUAAAUCCUGGUCCUGUAUUUCUGUAUAUUGACUCCGUAACAACAGUCGGUCCAACUAUAAAGCUGUCAUCAAAUGUAGUGUUAGAGCAAAGGUUGAAGAUGUUAUCAGUUAAAAUACUUAUGCAUUUUGGUUUUACACAUUGGAGUUAAUUAAACAAAAUUUUUACAAACAUUUUCAAAUAAAAGAAUCCUCACCCUCCCGAGCCACAUUACAUUGUCAUUUUGCUUUCUAACAUAAAUAUUUUUCUUUAGAGAUUAAUACAAGAAUGAAGGAUAAAUGUACUGGAUAUUGGCUGGAUAAUUUUGUCAGAAACACCGACUUGCAAGACAAUCUUACCUAAAUUCAUUACAAUUUAGUAUGGAAAAUAACUUAACAGCUACAAUGAAUAAUCAUAUAUUAUAUGGUGGAUUUGAUCAAUGGCACACAAUGUACAAAACUAAACUUGUGAUACCUUCUACUCAAACCGAUAAUCUCCCACAACACAAUUGUUUUUGUGUGAAUGUGCUGUACGUGUUAAACCGAACAGUGUGGUAUAUCAUUAACCAUGCACAGAACUGGAAUUUAAUUAUAUAUUUCACUCAUGACCUUCAAAACAUUCUCAAUUAUUCAGUGGUCUUCGACAUGUUCACCAAAUAUUUUGUGUAUGUUACUCAACCGUUAACAUUGGCAAGUGUAAAUUACAACAAGUGACAUAACUUUUGCUUUAUAUGAUUACAAUAAAGUUUUGAAAAUUUGAUGAGUAUGGAUUGAAUUGACAGGUGACAGUUUACUAAAUAGCCGGCUGUAUAGACACUUUGAAUAUUGUUUACAUGAAAUUUUUAUUUCCUGACUGCAUAAUUAUCUGUUACAAUCAUAAUGACAUUAUAAAGUUAGUUAAAUUUUCUCGGUGCGGGGGUGGGAGCACUUGCCCUGCUGCACUCCCUGCUGUGUACAGCCCUGUUUUAAAUCUUAUCUGCUAUUAUAAUAAGUGAUGAAAUAUUUCAAUUGUCCCAUGUCAUCUUUAUUAUUCAGUUUCUUUCAAGAAAAUACAAAAUGUGAAUCAAGUUUUUUCGCAGAUACAUGUACGCCUUGCGUACCUAUUUUUUGUCUUUUUUGAAACGUAUUAUUGGAGUAUUGGCAAGUUUUACCAUUCAGAGAUUUACAAACUAAUAUUGAAACUGUAAAAGACAGUUUCAUGUAUAUGCGCAUUCACUAAUGAGUAAUGACAACUUAUAAGCCAUACAUUUUCCGAUAACGACAAAACUCUUGUGUAGCCUUUAGUCGCUCUCAGUGACUAAUAAAUUUUUUUGAGGGGGGGGGCAAAAUGGGGGGGGGGGGAUAAUUUGGAGGCAUUCUUUGCCGUCACUGUCAAGCAAAGUCGAUGGCACAUUAGCAGAAUAUAUAUAGUUUAUAUAUAAACAGACACUGAAUCAAGCUGCGAUCGAUUGUGUGAUUUUUAAGCGUUUCAUAGAUAUAUAAAUUGAGAUUGCCAACGUUCCAAAAAGGAGUAAACAAAUGUAAACGUAACAUUAGACAUGAAAAAGCUUUAGAAAUUCAAUAAAAUAGCAAGCGCGCACGACCACAAUUCCAUGCACUAAAUAGAAUUUAGUUCAAAACCCCCUCAACACAUAUAUCAUAUAUCAAAAAUAUCCUGCAAUGCGAACAUAUUAAAAAUACAAAGGAAAUGAUAAAAAAUGUAGAGAACAAAAGAACAAUAUACCUCGAGUUUGAUAAUAGAAUGCGUUUGUAUAAGGUAAAUUUUUGUUCCAAUAUUUUCAUAUCUGCAUGUCAAAAGCGAUAAAGAUAGAAUACAUUGUUAAUGAUGACCAGUUGUAUCAAAGAGAGGAAGUAUUCUUUGUUUGCAAUGACGUAAUUGUUGGAUUUCCGUUGACGGGCAGGUAUAACAAAAAACUGCUAUUUUAAUGUGUUGAUCGAAUUCAGAGACAGUUUAAGACUCAAAAGAUGAAUUACCUUUCAGUUUUUUCUUGCUACAACCAUUCUGAUAGGAGAAAAAUCGUCCACAAGUUGUUUGAUUGCCCGUCAUUUGGAUGAAAAGUGAUGUGAUUGCAAACAAAGAAUAGAUCUAAUUCGGGUUUAUUUGAGUGAAUAUAUUUAGUGGGCUUUUUUUCCUGUAAAUUUUUGUUAAAACCUGAACAUCGAAAUCUUUCGCACAUUUUCUGUGAUGCCUAUAUAAUGGAGUUUAAAGCGUAAUGUUAUACAUUUCAAAUAAAUUACAUAUACUUAUAAGCCCAGGAAUAUCGCCCCCUGAAUACCCUAGUCACGCGACCCUGGUAGCUGUUUCUAAUGCUUUCCCAACACUAUCAUGUAUUAUUUAAGUUAAAACAUAGUUGGAACACUCAUCAGUUAAAACAUAGUUGGAACACUCGCUUUUAUUUUGUUAUUCUAGAGCUUGAAAUGUCCCCCAUAACAAUACGUGAUUUCCAACUCUCAUGUUUCGCCUUGUGCCGUUUGUGCUCAUGCACUAUAGCUCGCACAAUAGAGGAGUAUCAGAGCUCGUCUCUUAUAGUCCUUGGAAUAUAGAACUAACUCAGAACUGUACAGAUACAGAUACAGAUAUUUCACAGCACACUCCCUAUACCAGGGCUUUUCAGUGACUGGUUACAUUAUGAAUAGAUAGAUAGAACCGGACUGACGUGAAGCAGACCGAGGUAGACUUUGAGCUUACAAAUGGCGCUUGAGCAGCCGCUAUUAGUCCGUACCUCAUUAAUGAUCUGCCUCCAGACCUAUGUGCCUAACCCACCCUGUCAACUUUCCCUGUGGGAGGAAACACAGAGUGCCCGGAGAAAACCCACGACUUUCGGCAGAGCGUUGACUUUUACUCUUUUCACAUGAGGACUGGGUUCGAGUGACAUUGAGAAGUUCUCACUGAGAUUCGAAUCUGCGACCUUAGAGGUGAAAGGCAAGUGCGCUAGCCACUUGGCCACCGUAAACAAUCUGAUUUGGUUUUAGUAAAUCAACCAUACAAUGCAAAGUUGAAUCCAAAGCUGGUACAAGACUAUGAAGCCAUGGCUGCAAAUGUCAGAACUGGAGGAAUACAUACUGUAGCUGACGCGCUACCAAAAGAAAUGAUGGCUGGACAGAUUCCUUUCUCAGGGCAUAUUCCAUUUCCUGAAUUUCUUGAGGAUAACAACCAAAUGUUGAAAGACUCGGAACAAUUGAAAAAAGUGUUUGCUGAGAACAAUGUUGAUCUUAAUCGACCACUUACGGCCACAUGUGGCACAGGGAUUACAGCGUGUAUCAUGGCAUUAGCUGCCCAUCAUUGUGGUGCCAAGGAUGUUAGCGUAUAUGAUGGAUCUUGGGAAGAGUGGGGUGACCGUGCUACAUCUGAUUCAGGGGGAAAGAAUUAGUCAUAUUACCUAAUUUAAUUAGAAUUAUUAAUUCUCCAAUUAUACAACUUCCUAUUUCGCCUCCUUGUUUCUCUUGAUGCAGUAAGGCUUGGGAAUACUGAAGCACGAAACUUCGUUAGAUCUUUCUUAAUAGACGUAGACUGCGAGCAAUCCCUCUAUUUUCCUUCGUUUUAUUGUUUCCCGGACUAAGACUGAACGCGCGGGAAAAUGGCAAAAAGGGGCGGAGACGAGAGGAAAAAUAGAGGUAAAAGGCCUGUUUCAUCGUUAUUGACGUAAAAGGCUUAAUAGACGUAAAAGACCUGUUUCGUACAUGGGCUUAAUAGAUGUAAAGGGCUUAAUAGAUGUAAAAGGCUUAGUAGUAAAAAUAAUAGACGUAAAAGGCUUAGUAGUAAAAAUAUAAAUAGAUGUAAAAGGCUUAAUAGACGUAAAAGUCCUGUUUCAUGCAUGGUUUUUUUACCGUUCGGUUGGGGUGCUUGUUUUUUUCGUG